AUGCUCUUCAAGUGGAUAGCUGUCUUUGCUGCAGGGAUAUCCGCUACCUUGGCUCAGACGAUCGAACUAGGCUUCCCUCAGAAUGGGGACAACUUCUGCCCCGGUCAGGAAGCGACCACGAGGUUAUUCAACCGGUGGGAAUCUGUGGCAUCUACCGUUCAGGUUGGCAUUGCCUUAGGAAUCGAUGACUGCGAGAACGGUUUGUGGCCCGACCCUGCAGACGGUCUAGGAUUUGUUCUCUAUGCAGGCCCUUGGACACCUGAGAGCCAUGGGCCUCCUUAUGCUUAUGGUUACUACCAGAACUUCACUGUGACCAUACUGUCUUACCUUACAAAGGGUCCUGCUAUCUUUACGCUCACGCACUUUUGCCUCAUUGGGGCGGAUUGGUACCUGUUCCUCGAAUUUCGCAACGUGACGGUGAAGGUCGUGUAAACGGUGGACAGCGACAAGGCUAUAUCUCGGAAGUGAACCCUGUGGUGUCUCCGAAGUUGAUUGACAUCUGCAGCGUGGUUUCGACUACGUUGAUCACCUGAGCUUUGAUGUUGACGCGCUCGGUCCAAGUGUUGCACGUAAUGCGGGAGCACAGUAAGCAUUUUGAUUUUGAUUCAGUGUUGCAUUGGGUGGGAUGGAGUCAGUCAUGCUUUGAUGACGUAGUGCGCGCCGAAAAUACCU